AGAGCACUGUCCCAGUGUAUCUCGAUUCUUCUGCGCCCUGCUUGAUUUUCACUCAAACUUCUACCUCGUUGCCCCCAAUAAUUUCCAUCGCCCGUCGCGCUGUUCUUUUCUCCGAUCGAAGGGACGAGGCGACUCAAGUACCUGCACUGACACGGAGGCCAACAGGUGCUCCGCAUUCCCCAUCGACGACAUGGCGCAUCAAGGACAAGCAGCCGACUACUACAACAAUCAAAACUACAACAGUGGUCCGUAUCAACAGCAGGGUUACCAGCAGUAUCCUCCUCCUCCUCAAGUGCCCCCUCAAGGCUAUCAGCAAUACCCUCCUCCCCCGAACGGUCCUCCCCAACAGCCACCUCAACCGCAAGAGUCAAAAUACACCCAACAACCCCCUACUUAUGGCGCUCAAUUCGUUCCUCCCCAAGAUGACAAGCAAAGCUUUCAGGAUACGUUCAAGAUACAGAAGCCCAAAUUCAAUGAUUUGUGGGCAGGUCUCCUGCUGAUUGCAACCUUCUGUGGAUUCGUGGCAGUUUCGGGCCUCACCCUCUAUCGCUACUCGAAAUAUCACAAGUUCAAUGGCGGAGGCAUCUAUGGUUCCAGCAACGACUUCUCCCUCAACACGAACACCAUCAUCCUUUUCGUCUUCGUCCUUUGUGUCGGAUUCGUGGUCAGUUGGGCUUACUUUCUCGCCGCACGCGCAUUCACAAAACAAUUCGUCUGGCUCACUGGCAUCUUGAACUGUGCGUUAGCCGUCGGUACAGCCAUAUAUUAUCUGUAUCGCCACUUGUGGGGAGCGGGCAUCGUGUUUGCCAUUUUCGCCGUCUUCGCCAUCAUCUGUUUCGUCAGCUGGAUCCCGCGCAUCCCCUUUGCGGUAGUUAUGCUUCAGCAAACGAUGGACAUUGCCAGGAUGAAACGAGUCCACGUUUUCUUGGUUAGCCUCAUCGGCGGUAUCGCCAGCGUGGCAUUUGCCGCAUGGUUCUCCAUCACUUUGGUUGCCAUUUAUGUCUCAUAUGAACCCAGCAAUUCUGGCUCCAACCCUAACCCAUCUUGUGACGACGGCGGCUGCUCCAGCGGUAAGGUCAUUGGUCUUGUGGUGUUCACAACAUUCGCCGGAUACUGGAUCUCCGAAUGGAUCAAAAACACCAUCCACACCGUCGUUGCUGGCGUGUACGGAAGCUGGUAUUUCUGUGCUGGAAAGCCAGGGGGGAUUCCCAAAGGAGCCACAAUGGGCGCCUUCAAACGAGCCACCACAUAUUCCUUCGGGUCAAUUUCAUUCGGCAGUUUGAUUGUCGCAAUCAUCAAUAUGCUUCGUCAAGCCUGCAGCAUCGCUCAGCAGCAAGAGGGCUCCCAAGGCAACAUCAUCGGUUCCGUCAUGUUCUGUAUUCUUGGUUGCAUGAUUGGGAUCCUCGAUUGGCUUGUCGAGUUCAUCAACAGAUACGCAUUCUCCCAUAUUGCUCUUUACGGCAAAGCAUACAUUCCGGCGGCCAAAGACACUUGGAAAAUGAUGAAAGACCGUGGAAUCGACGCAUUGGUCAAUGACUGUCUUGUCGGUCCGGUUUUGACCAUGGGUUCCAUAUUCGUGGCCUACCUUUGCGCACUCUUGGCUUACCUUUAUCUCGAAUUCACCAAUCCCGCAUAUAACGAUGGCCGGACAUUUACGCCUGUCAUCAUGGCUUUCGCCUUCCUCAUUGGGCUGCAAAUCUGCCAGACAUUUAUGACUCCUAUCGGAUCAGGAGUUGACACUAUUUUUGUGGCAAUGGCAUGGGAUCCUCAGGUGGCAAUGACGGACCAUCCCGAAUUUUAUGAGCGCUUGGUGCAUGUUUACCCACGAGUUCAGGAUGUUAUUCAUGUUUGAGCGCCGGGGUCUCCUUGGAGAUGGCAGGUUGGUGAUCGGGUUGAUCUGGGAGACUAAGCGUCUGCAGCGAUCUCGCACUACAGUGUAUCAGUUUGAACCCGAUACCCUACCGGAAUAAAUGCCUAUCUUCAUUCAAUACCAUUGGUGUUUUUCCAAUGUUCCCUGCACCUUCUUGAAUCGCCCCUAUCUCAGCUGAUCGGCAUAUCAUCCGACAUUUGCCAAGCAGGAACAAAGGGCGUCUUCCCGUGGAAUUGUAUGGACGUUGACCAGAGCCUUUAAGCGAUAUCUUUCCUGUGUUUCGGCGGAGACAGGCUAAUGCAGCAUUGCAGAGACCAUAGGAUCUCGGCUAUACGUUUUGCCAGGUAUGCUCCAAAUAUUUGGAGCCUACUUACGGAGGUGUG